AUGUGGUGUGCGAAGACAUGUCAUAACCUCCUAACACAUCAAUUGGCUAUUGAGUCGAGUACUGAGAUAUGGUCACUAUUUGGAGGUCGGCCAAUUAGGUUUUCUCUCCACGAGUUUGGGGAAAUCACACAGCUAAACUGUAAAGAGUUUGACCGUAAUGAUGAUUUGCAAGUAGAACACACUUGGUUUUGGGACCUGGUCGGCAUUAAAGAUGGGGAAGGACCUUCUUGGCAUGAGUUGAACGGAGCGCUUGGCAGAUGCAGCACUUGGAUGUACGAGCAGAAGAGAAUGCUUGCGCUGCUGUUUGUUGUGCACAUUGGAAUAUAUGGCAUUUCUCGGUCUAGUAGGAUUUCUUUUAAGCAUGCUAAAAGGGUUCUUGUUCCGGAGUCUUUUGAGAGUUAUCCUUGGGGCAAAGUGGGAUUUAAGGAGUUAAUGAAGUCCAUAAAAGUAGCUAACCUUGAUGGGAAGACGUACGUCGUACACGGAUGUGUACAUGCGCUGUUGAUAUGGGCAUACGAGGCUAUUCCAAUAAUAGGUGAGAAAUUUGGUAAGAGACGAGGAAACAUUGAAAUCCCAUUACUUCGGUGGGAAUCAUGUCGCAACAGAUACAAUCUGGAAGCAUUAGUGGAAGAAGAGAAGAAAAAAACCGGUCUGGAUAAGGUUCGAGUUAGGCAAUUAGUGUUGAAACCUCUGGAAGAGAUAUAUCCCGUUUGGGCAGGCGAAGAGGCAGGAGGUGAUAUCAAGCUUGAUAACAUGAUUCGUGAUAUUGUUGGAGGCUGUCUGGAUGAAAGUUGCUGGGAAACAGAAGAGCAACUGUUGAACAAAAAGAAGAGGAAGAAAAAGUUAGAAGUGGUGGUAGAUAGUGAUGAUGAUUUGGUAGAGAAACCUUUGCGAAAGAUUUCAAGUAAGAAGAAGGAAGAGCAGAAGACGAAAAAGAUGGAGCCGAGAGACUAUAGUGAUUCUGAAUCUCAGAAAAAAACGGAAGAUGGGUUAGGUUGGGAUGGAAGAGAUAUAAGAAAACCAUCCGAAGGCCUUGCUGAUGAAGCACUAGCGAAUGUGCUUAACACUAUUCUUGAGAAACUGAAUGAGCUGGAACGAAGUUUGAACUAUUGCAGACGAACAAAACUACUGUGGAGGAGGGGUCGACGAAAAAAAGGAAUGAAGUAG